UUCUAAGAUCACAGCUGAGACUCAACAAGGCGCAACACAUAGCCAAGAAACACCAAGAGGUAGGGCAAAAUCCGAUCCAGCAAUGGCACCCAGCAGAGAGGCGUGCGCGGUCGCCAUGGCCAUGGCGGCGCCGUUCAUCGCGAUGGCAAGCAACAUCGACGCCGGCAACCUGGAGAAGAGGCGCAGGACCUCGUCCGACAAGCUCCAGCGCACCGUGUCCGACGUCUCCUACGAGCUCCACCACCACGGCCGCGCCAAGGAGGAGGAGGAGGCGGCCGCGGAGGCAGAGAUGAAGCUGCUCCACCCGGUCCCGGAGGUGGAGGACGCCAAGUGCGAGUGCUGUGGCAUGUCGGAGGAGUGCACGCCCGAGUACAUCCUCGGCGUGCGCGGCCGCUUCUCGGGGCGGUGGGUCUGCGGGCUGUGCGCGGAGGCCGUGACGGAGGAGGCCGAGAAGAGCGGCAACUCGCGGGAGGAGGCGCUCCGAACGCACAUUGGCGUGUGCAAGAGGUUCAACGGCUUCGGGAGGACGCACCCGGUGCUGUUCCAGGCGGAGGCCAUGAGGGAGAUCCUCAGGAAGCGGUCCAAACUCGGGCCCAGCGCCGUCAAGGCAAAGGCUGCCGCUGCCGGCGGCGGUAUCGCGCGCAGCUCCAGCUGCAUGCCGUUCAUUACCGACGAGGUCAGCGACCGGGUGUCGAGCAACUAGACAAAAAGGCUGCUCUUCGUUGGCUACCUAGACAAACUGAAGCCUACUUGACGCAUGUUUUCGCUAUCUUUUUGGGCUAGGGUUGCAUGCUUCACACGCCUGUCCUUAUGGUGUGUUUUUUCUGCUGCCCCAAGCUUAUCUAGAACCUU